AUGGAGAAAAUCGACCACGGUCUGCACUGGGGCAUUGAUUGUUGUCGAGUAGGAGGCUUCGUAGUCGACGAAAAACAUGGGACAAGAAAUGGGGCCUAUGUAAAAGAAGUUUUUCACGGCAAUCACGCAAAUCCUUUCACAAACAGUCAGGGUCCUCACGUGACAUCGGUCCCUUCGUUCAGGGCCACAACCACGUCUUGGAUUAGACAUCAUAUGGCACGCACCAAGCAAACGGAGCGAAAAAAUGCCUCACCACGACGGACAGCUUGUUCAAUCUAAAGAGCAUCUCGAGGCACUCAUAAAGAGCGACUUUGCAUUCGACGGCACUUUUGCGUUUUCGAUCAAGUAUCCAUUAGGCGACGCGCCAAAUCCAUACCUGACGGUUGAUGAUGUGGGCUCGGUCGGUAUCCCGCUCGGCGAGCGUGAUGCACACGCAUUUUCCUUUUCUGACAAGAACUUGUGUGAAGUCGCACCUGACAAGAUCUCGUUUGGUAGCCCCCAGUGGGAUGCCUGGGUCCAAGGUACCAUCGCACGACUCGUGACGGAAAAUUUCGCUCUCUCUGGAUCCUGUUCUCUAUCGUUUCAGAAGCUGGUCGUUAGUAAACGUGGCUGCGAGGCACCCAUAGCUUCGAAAGAGUUUUCUGCCGUCGGAUAUGUGAUCUUUUUCCUACCCAGUAAUUUUGAGGGCAGUCAACUCGCUGUCCAGUCCAACGUUGACGUGGACGGCUUUCAGAAGAACUUCGACGUUGCAACAGAUAGUAGCAAAUCUACUACCAUCGUCGCUUGGUAUGCUGGCUGCCAGCUUGAUUCCGGGUCCGUCAGGGACGGUCAUCGCGUUGCUCUUGUCUACAACAUUGUCCCGACCAUCGACUCCCCUUCCUUUGGUUUACCCGACAUGUCCGAACCGGUCAAGAAGCUGCAUCACGUCUUGCAGACCUGGAAAGAAUCUACGUUGUCCCUGAAACAGGCCGAUUCGAUGGUGACGCCGCCUCCACCGACACAUCUCGCCUGUGUGCUGCGUAGAACAUACCAACACGGCCCAGCCUUCAGCUCUAUGUCUCUCAAGGGAGCGGAUAAACUUCUUUCGCGAGAGCUCAGUUCAGUGGCCCGCCAACUCGGAUUCAGGCUCUAUAUGGCCCACGUGGAAGGAAAGGUCCAUCUCUCAUGCCACAUUCGGGGAUAUGACCCGUACGAUGAUGACUAUGAAGAGGAGUUUGAUGAGAGUGAAUUUGACCAGGAGGGAAGCGACGAUGACGGCGAAAACCUCCUGGUAAUCAAGCAAGUUGUUGACAUGGGCGGGAUGCCAGUCGACGUCGAUGAGCUGACGAUGAAAGAGUACAACGAACAGGAUUAUAUUUGUGGACCAGUCAUCGAUUUUACGAGAACACCUGACAACAUUGAAUUCGAAAGAGACGAGAGAUCUUCCGCACAUCGCAUAAAAACCUGGAAACGCACUGUCAUUUUAAUCUUGUUGGAUGACAGUGAGCUGGGCCGGAGCGUUGUUCCCGGGGACAUGUAUGAUUAUGCUGCGCACUUCUUCAACACCUUGACAACCACGAGUCCGACGCCACGAGAAAAAAUUGUCGCUGAGGCUCUGAUAUCCCGCAUCAGCGCAUUCAAGCACCCCGUUGAGAAGAAGCAUGCGGAAGACAAUAUCUGGUUCUACGCCACACAAGAGCAGCGGACCAAAGCAAAAAAGAAAGAGGCCUCAAGGAUACCUGUUGCCGUGACUCUACUGUGUCAAUGCGCGGAACGGUGGAAAGACCUUGAAUUGUUCUUUCGCGUGCUGGCUGUAUCGGAAGCAGAGCAGAACAUAUCCAUUGUUGGUAUUGACGGUAUGGCCUCCGCUUGUGGCACGUUUGGAUGGGAUGUCUUGAAGGACUUCUGCAGCAAAGCAAUCCAAACUGACCCUUCGCUUAGACGCAAACAUGCCCUUGUUGACCGCUUGACCGUAUUUGCCCUGGAACAUGAUAUCCUCGAUCUGGCUCAAUGGUGCGCCGAACAGAAAGCUCUAUUGCCAGCCGUAGCCGAGGUGACUGGGAAAAAAAGGCCUUCGACAGAACAUAAGACUAUUCCAGCUAAGAAAAGGAAAGCUUAA